AUGCCAAAACGCAGUCGCAUGAAUAGAAACCAAGCUGAACGGUGGUUGUGCAGGAUCUCAGAGAAGGAAAAGAAGUUUCGUUUAAUGGUGACGGGGUUUCCGUUUGGUAGGAUGAACACUCUCUGGAGAUUUGUUUCACAGAACAAUCCCCUGGCAAAGGAUUCCCUCUCCCCAUCUCCAGAAGAGGAAAGAGAUGGAGAAGCACCUGUGCAGAGCCCCAGUCCCUGCUUCAUGGAUGUGAAAUUCCCAGGAGGCUAUACGAUCACCAUGGUCUUUAGCCAGCCACAAACAGUAGUUCUGUGUGUUGGUUGCUCCACUGUCCUGGGCCAGCCUACGGGAGGAAAAGAAAGGCUUCUAGAAAGAUCUUCCUUCAGGAGGAAGCAGCACUAA